AUGGGCGACUGGUCUAUCCUGGGCCGGUUCCUGACGGAGGUCCAGAACCACUCCACGGUGAUCGGCAAGAUCUGGCUGACGAUGCUGCUGAUCUUCCGCAUCCUGCUGGUGACGUUGGUGGGCGACGCGGUGUACAGCGAUGAGCAGUCCAAGUUCACCUGCAACACCUUGCAGCCCGGCUGCAACAACGUCUGCUACGAUACCUUCGCGCCCGUAUCACACCUGCGCUUCUGGGUCUUCCAGAUCGUCCUGGUCUCCACGCCCUCCAUCUUCUAUGUGGUCUACGUCCUCCACAAGAUCGCCAAGGACGAGAAGCUCGAGCUGGAGAAGGUGCAGGUGGAAGGUCAAGAUGGAGGUCACGUGGAUAACGACAGAGCAGGGCAGCAAAGCUACGGCGGUGAGAACCUCAACAACACGUGCCCCCAUUAUGGCCACCAUGACAGGCAAUACGGAGGCCACCACCAUCAGCGCUGCUACGAGGAGGAGCAGUGGGGGCCCGGGGAGGAGGAGUACGUGGAGCGGAGUCUCCUGGAGGAGGACCAGAAGGUGUACGCCGAGGAAGGGGAUGAGGAGGUGGUGGCCAAGGACCCCACGCAGCUCUCCAGCUCCGUGCUCCUCAUCUACAUCGUGCACGUGCUGCUGCGCUCCGUCAUGGAGAUCACCUUCCUGGUGGGCCAGUACUACCUGUUCGGCUUCGAGGUGCCGCACCUGUUCCGCUGCCAGACCUACCCGUGCCCGACGCGCACCGACUGCUUCGUGUCGCGCGCCACCGAGAAGACCAUCUUCCUGAACUUCAUGUUCAGCGUCAGCCUGGGCUGCUUCCUGCUCAACAUCGUGGAGCUGCACUACCUGGGCUGGGUCUACAUCUUCCGCGUCCUCUGCUCGGCCUGCUCGCUGUGCUGCCGCCUCAGGAGCCCUAACCGAGGCGGCGUGGACCCCAUGGAGAGGUUCAACGGCAUGUACACACACCACCACCACCACUCCCACCACCACCACAACCCACUGCUACUGCAGCUGAAGCACUCGCUGCGGGGGCGGCUCAUCCUGCAGCCCCCGGCAGACACCCAUCACAUCUCCCAGGAGAAGGGAGGUGGACCGAUGCUGCUGGGCCAUGCUCCUGCUAUCUCCUUCCAGACGGACUCCACGCUGGAGUGCACCUCCAAGAGGAGCCCGGAGGAGAGGGACCGCGUUCGGCUGAAGCUGGCCAACAUGGCCAAGAUGGGUCGCGGCAAGAAAUCCUGGCUGUGA